UCUCUAUUUAUUCCUAGUCAUUACUUAGAACCAAGAAAAACCAUAAUCUAAAGCAUUACAGAAUGCUUCAUUCACCCCAAAGAAUCUGCCAAGCGAAAAGCACAUCUUAGAUCUUCUGUCAUGCAAUCUUUUGAACUAAAUCUCAAUGAAAGACUUCUUUUGAUGACCCCCCUUGGGGAUCCCAUCUUUAAUCAAUUUCCAAGAAGCAUACUGAGCCAACCAACAUCGUUUCCUUCGAAAGCAAAACAUUCUUUAUCAAAAAAUGCAAAAUUUAUCAGCGAUAGCCCACAAAAGAUAACUAAAAUGUGCUAUGUUCUACAGCAAAUAAACCGAGGCGGGGAAAUCAAUUUCGCAUUUGUUGAUAUUACGGGGCAAGAAAUACAGAAAAAUAGAAGCCAAAGAUAUAGAUAGCGGCUACUGGGGUGUGCGUCAGUGAUUCGGCAACUCAACCAGGCCCAAACGGAAACCGAAACCAAUUGAGACUACCUACAUUAGUGCUAAGUAUGGGUUCUGUCUGGGGGAAGUGAUCGUUUUAGUGGUUCCCAAUUGGGAGCCCAGUAUAUGUCAGCCAGUGCAGAAAUUGCAUAAUGCCCGGGCAUAACCCGUAGGGCCCCCACAACAAGUGCUUGGAUCGUCUGGCACCUGACAGACCCACUGAAAUCACUUCAGCUCAGAGCUUCCCUGGAUGAGGAAGUUGAUGGAGAGGAUGAGUACCAGACAGAACCAGAGAAAUUGAAAGCCAUUAAGUACCUUUAAAAAUAAAAGCGAAAUACUACUAACCGCAUGGCCCACUGGGAUGAUACAGGCAAGAUCUAUAUAUACACCCUGUGCGCGUGGAUAUAUGCUGCCUCAAUUAUUCAAGAGUACAGCGAAGGCAGGGACUUGUGACCACAAAAAUCAAAGAAAUUACGCACGAAAAAUAUCUUGAAAAUGCCAUAAGUUGUAUAUAGAUACACAGCCGGCGCAGACUCAUCAGAUACACUUGCCCACACACACAUCGGCGAGAAGAUAUAGGCAAACUCGAACUGUGGCAAACUAUUUCCGUAUUGAGUUCUCUUCUUCAAUGCCCUGCAUUGGUUCUUUUUGGGCAUAUUGCAAGGCAGCUUUUACCCAAUUUAAGCACUUAAAAUAUGAAUAAUUAACAUUUCCAAAUUGCCUAAUCACAGUUUUUCAGAUUUUUUAUGACCUCUAAAUAAUUUAUUCACCCUUAAUGCCUUACAUCUUUCAUUCUAAGGCAUUUAUCAACUGAAAUUCAAGACACAAAAAUGUGUUUGUGACAUUUCAAAAAAAUUUAUUUUCGAGUAGCAUAUAUGCUUUAGCGCUUAAAUUCCACAAACAAAUUAUGUGCGUGUUCCAAAAGAAUAUUCUAAUAUUUAUGGAUGCGCCAAAUAUAUUUUCGAAACGUAGUAUUCGUCGUUUCUCGAGAUCUGAGUUUAUGAGUUUGUUUGGCUUGUGGAAAUUGCAUUGACCUAGAAGUCGUCCCAUUGUUGUUUUUUCGGUCUCUUGGGCGUUUUUAUGGGGUCUUUGGAAUACCCUGCACUCUGUUUUGGUUUUGCACAUUUCCCCCAGAACAGAAAAUCUCUCUCUCUCUCUCUUUAUUUUUUCUUCUUUCCCUGUAUGUAUUUUGAAAAUGAAAAUGAGCAUCGUUAUGAAUUUUCCCGAUUUUCCCUGCUGUGUGUAUAUUUUUCAAAUACUUGCCACUGUGCCACCGAAUCGGCCUGUGUGUGUGAGUGGGAGACUGGGGAGCUGGCUCCCGGCUGAGAUCGUGGAAAGCCCAUGGGCCAUUCCUUGUCCGUCGCUCGCCAGCGCCACGAGGAGCGGGAAACGCGUUUUGAACACCGAAGAGGGAUAUUUUUAAAAAACUCAAAUCACCCCAUAUUCGCAGCUAAAGUUCGGCACUCAAAACGCAAUUUAAUUUGGCCAAAACAGUUCGAGACCAUCGGAGACAAAGGCGCGAUCUCGUCAGCGAAAAUAAACCUGAAAACAUAACGAUUUCGGACGCGUGCCAGGCGGUGGGCGGCGUGCGGUGGGCGGGGCGGCAGCGACGCCAGCAGCGACAGCGACGGCGCUGUUUUAUAUGAUUUUCCGCUCGUAGUGCUCGUUUUUAUUCAUUUCUUUCCCUAUUUUUUUUUUUCUGUAUUUUUGCCGGCUGUCGUCGUGAGCAGCAAAAUGCCGCCGGUCGUCGGUUCUCCGUUCAGUUCUGGUUGAGUUUCUGGCGACGAGUGACACACACAGAGGGCACUAGAAAUAAGCGACAUCGAAAGCGAAAAACGAGCAAACAAACAAACUUAGUUGUACUGUAGAUUCUGGCUGAUUAGGAAACACGAAACACGAAGCACUCGAACGCACACCCAUCACAUAUCUCAACCCGUAUAGGAAACUGCAUCUGUUCGGACCGAGCGAAAGUGCCGUGGACGAUGCCCAAUAACCGCAAUCGUAAUCGCAAUCGCAACCGCAACAAACGCAAUCGAAACCAAAACCAAAACCAAAAUCAAAACCCGAAUCCAAGCCCAAGCAGUCUUCUAAAGGCAGAGGGGGCGGAGGAUAAGGAGGAACGGGAGGAUCAGCAGGAGGAUUCACAGAUCCAAUCAGUAGCUACAUCUUCUUCCUCCCCAGAUGAUAAUGGAAAUUCUGGCAGCGUGUCAAAUGGGCCAGCGGAAAACAGCCAAAAGGUGACGAACACUCUUGGGAAAAGCGAGCAGGAAAAACAAGAAACAGCCGAGGAACCAGCAACAGUCAUCCACAAAGAAGAAGAUCUAGACGCCGAAAUGGGUGCCAAAAACUCAAAACACCGCAGGGAAAAGGCCGCUAAGCAGGCGGAAAAUGGAAAAGCCGAAGAGCAGGUGCGUCCGCCACCCACCAUCAUAAGAAGGCCGCCCGGCAGCCCCCGCCAAGCCAAGGUCAUAGUUCAUCGUGUGGUGAGGGAGGAGGACAAGGCAAAUGGCAAAGCUGAUUCACCGGAUCAGCACAAGGUUGUGGAGUCCAAGGAGCAACAGCCGGAGGUUGUUGAACCCCAGAAGUUGGAAGAACAGGAUACCAAGGAGGCAGAGCCACUUCCAGAAACUAGUCAUGUACAGGAGCAACAUGUGGCAGUUGAAGAAAAUCUACAAGAUACUAAAGUGGCAAACGAUGAUCAACAGGUCAGCCAAAAUCCAGAUGAAGUAGAUUAUACAAAGAAACCUUCGGAAGAGCCGCCCAAAGAACCCGAGGAAUAUGUGUUGCAACUUCAGAAGGCCAUGGAGUUUGUAGAAAACGCACACCAGCAACAUGUUGCUGCGGUGCAAAGUCACCAAAAACCAGGAGACUUGGAACCAAAUGCACAGGAAGAAAAGCCACUUGAAGCACAAGAGCAACAGGAAGCACAGCAGCAACAUGUUGCAGUUGCACAAGAGCAGCAACAGCAUAAGGACCAACAGCAACAUGUGGAAAGUGCCUUGAAUUGCGCCGAAAAAACCCCAAAGACAGUGAUCUUCCAAGCGCAGAAUCCUCUUCCCCAGCAAUUGCCCAGCCAACAGAACACCUCCAAGGUGAUUAUCCACCAGAUUCACCUGGAAACCAACGAUGAAGAGCGGGAAAGAAAGGCCAAGCCCACCUUCGAGGAGAUCAGCAGCACUUCCGGUGCUCUGGCUGGAACCCUGUCGCCACCACCCCGCUACUUGGUGGAGUCACCCAAGAAUGUGUCCAGUGGCGGUCAGUUCUCGCGCUUCUCCCGCGACGUGCAAAUCCAGGAGCUGGAACUGACCAGCGAUUGCAGCUCCGGGGAGUUCAACUCACUGCAAUCGCCGCUCGUCUGCGAGGCGGACUCGGAAUCAGAGGGAUCGAUAUCCGUGGCCUUGGGAGCGGAGCGAUCUCCGUCGGAUCCGCAGGUGCCGUCCACUAGUCGCGUGGAGCAGCAGGAGCAGCUGCGCCAGAAGCGCGCCCAGAAACGGAACGCACUGGAGUCGCACUUCCUGCCGCAGCUGCUCAACCCCCGCUAUCUGGACAGCAUCCUGGAGGAGAACGGCGAGGCGACUAGUUUCCGCAACUCAUCGGCCUCCGCCUCCUCCGGUGGCAGUGGCGAUCAGGCGGGGAAUCGCACGCCCAAGCUGAACGAGACCUUUCCCCGUAGCCAGUUGGACUUUAGUCGCCGGCACAAGCGUCGGGAGGAGGCACCGACGCCUCUGAAGUUGGAGACCAAGCUUUUGGAGGAGUCCUCCGAUCUGGAGAGCUGCACCCGCCUGCAGAGCGCCCUGUCGCCGCAGUCUGAGGAUGCGGAAUUGGUGUACCUCAGCUCCUCGGCCUCCAGCAGUGUCUCCGAUCUCAUGGAGCUGGAGCUGGAGCAGGCGGCCGCCCUGGCGGAGAGGGCUCUGGUGGAUCUGGAUACGGAUGCCAGUCGCUUGAUUCUACGGCCGGAUGAUGAGAUGAGCAGCACCAGCACCACGACGGCGGAGCGGAGCGAGACGGAAGCGGAAACGGAAACGGAGACGGAGAGAGAGGGUGAGGACGGGAGGGAGGCCGAGGAGAGUCGCGAGAGCACACCUGUUAACCCGACAAUUGCCAGUUCGCUUUCCUCGCUGCUGAGCGCCGCUACGCCGACGCCGACGCCAACGCCGACCGCGACGCCCACGAUCGCCGAUCGCGAGCAAUUAGCAAAAGAUACAAAUGUAUCUGGUGGAUCGGCGGUUAGUUUCGGGACAGCAUCGCCGCUAGCGGCCACGCGCGAGGAGUUCGUUCGCAACAUGGACAAAGUGCGCGAGUUGAUCGAGAUGACGCGGCGCGAGGAGGAGCAAGGUGAAACGCCGCGUUCGCCGUCGCCGCAGCCACCGCCCGUUCCCCCACCCCCCGCCACAGUUCCGCCUUACAGUCCCCAGUCCGAGUCCGAGCUGUCCUCGUUCCACCUGACCCCCCUGCAGCUGAAGCGGCAGGAGUCGAACGACUCCCACUGCUCCGACAGUACCACCCACAGCCAAUGCACGGCCAUCCACAUGGCCAGUCCACCGCCCACAGCACCCAACACCGCCGCCCAGCCACCCACACCGCCACUCAGACAAAAGCCUGCACCACCACCACCCGCUACACCCGCUCCACCCACUCCCCAAUCAGAGCCAGAGCUUUCAGUUGCAGAUUUGGACGAAGACCCCGACACGGAUGCCAUCAAGAAGCUGCGCCUUCUCUGCACCGAGCAGCUGGCCUCCAUGCCCUAUGGCGAACAGGUGCUCGAGGAGCUAGCCAGCGUGGCCCAGAACAUAGCGGAUCAAUCGCCAGUUGCCCAAAGCAAGAUGCCCUAUCCCCUGCCCCAGUUGCCGCACAUCAAGGAGCUGCAGUUGAACGCCAGCGAGGGCAAGAGCUCCUCCUCCGCCUGGCUGGGACUGCCCACCCAGUCGGAUCCCCAGCUCCUGGUCUGCCUCUCGCCUGCUCAGAGGGAGCUCCUGGAUGCCCAGACCCAGCCGGAUGACCUCCUCGAUGCCCACCAGAAGUUCGUGGAGCGACGGGGCUACCAUGAGCUGUCCAAGGCCCAGGUACUCGAGCAGGAUCAGCAGCAGCAGCAGCGGGAGCGGGAGCAGGAGCAGCAGCAGAGCGAGAUGCUCAGGACGGCGGCAAUAAUGCGCGAGUUGCGCAAGAGCCUCUCGCCGCCGGCGCCCCCCCUCCCCCCGCCACCUGUGCCGCUGAAGAGCGCCGAAACGGCGGCCAAGGCGACCGCUCAUGAAAACGCCAAGAGAGAUGACGCAAGCGAGCAAAAGCAGAAGAUCGAAUCGUCAUCGCUUGAAAAUAAACCAAGGCGAGCAGCUGAUCUUGGUGGCCAGCAGCAGUCGGCAGAGCACAGCCAGAGCAGCAGUACCAUCAACCCGGAGACCAUGUCCAAGUUCCCCACGCUGGACAGCAUGGAGAGUGAGCUGGCUAGGAUGUUCCCCCAGCACAAGGGCGACAUAUUCGAGGAGCAGCGCAAGCGUUUCUCCAACAUUGAGUUCCCCAGCCAUCAGCAGUCUGUAAGCCAGACCAAGCGCUACUCCAACAUCGAGACCAGUAGCUACGAGUCCAAGAAGCGCCUGGAGAACGGUCAGGUAAUCUACGAUGUAAGCACCUCCAGCCACGAGAAGCAGGAGCAGGGUGAUCCGCCCAAGGAGCAGCCCGUGCCGCCCGUCCCCCCGCCGCCCAUGAUGUCAGCAACGAAAUUAAACGGUAACACUUUCAUUGAUGGAGACGUGGCGCUUAAAAAUAGCCAGCCACCGAAAGAGAGCCAAAGCGGCAGCGGUACGUAUGAGGAAUUUCGGCAGCGUGCCAAGGCCGCCGCGGAUGCUUUCGGAGAUCAAAAGGAGAGGGAGGGGAAUCAAAAUGGCCUGGACCAAGACCGCGUGUUCAAGGAUUUCGAUAGGCUGUCGCAGCAGAUGCACGCCGAACUGCAGACCACGAGGGAGAAGCGGGAGAAGUCCGCCUCCCUGUACGAUCUGAGUGGCCUCACCCGAUCGGGCCAGCAUCCCAAGCUGGAGGAGCUGCAGCAGAGGCGGCACGCGCACAUGCAGGAGCUGGAGAAGGAGAUAGAGCGCUCGGCGAGAUCGCGACAGGAGCGCAUGUCCUCGGUGCCGCGUCAGAUGGAGGCCACGCCGCCGCACACCCGCGAGAUACCCAUCGAGCUGGAGCCCCGAUCCCGGCGAGCCGAGUCCCUGUGCAACCUGAACGAGGCACCACCACCACGCCCGCACACCACAGUGGGUCACUAUAACCACCCAUCGGCUGGGCAGGACGACUGGUCGCGGUAUGCCAACGAUUUGGGCUACUCGGAGAACAUAGCUCGACCCUUUGCCCGCGAGGUGGAGAUCUGCUAUCAGCGGCAGAACCAGAGGACACCACACCAGGGCAUCCGUGCUCCGCGGCUCUCGGCCAGCACCAAUGACCUGAGCAGCUCCAGCCAGUACAGCUACGAUACCUUCAAUGCCUACGGAGGCAGGAGGACCCAUGCACCAAUGCUGAACCAGGCGCAACAGCAGCAGCGUCCUCACUACGGCAGCUGUUACUCCAUGAUCGAGCGGGAUCCCAAUCCCAGGUACAUCAGCACCACCUCGAGAAGGGGCGUGAGUCCAGCACCAGCGGCUCCGCCACCACAGGCUGCACCACAGGUGCCACCACCCGCCUACGAUCGCCAGCAGAGGAGAUCCUCGCUGCCCAGGGAGCUGCACGAGCAGCAGCUCAAGUACAUCCUGUCCAAGGAGGAGGAGCUCAAGUUCGAGGUGGAGCGACUGCAGCAGGAACGCCGUCGGCUCAUGGAGGAAAUGCAGCGGGCUCCUGUGUUGCCAGCUCCACAGAGAAGGGAAAGCUACAGACCCGCCGCCAAGUUGCCCACACUGAGCGAGGAUGAGGUGUUCCGGCAGCAAAUGGCCGAGGAGUGGAUGAACAAGGUGGCGGAGCGGGAGGAGAGGCGUCAGCACAAGAUCAUACGCAUAUCGAAGAUCGAGGAUGAGCAGGAUCACCACACGGUGGACCGGGCGACCAUAAGCGAUGAGUUCUUGGACAGGGUGAAGGAACGUCGCCACAAGUUGGCCAUGCCGGCGGACAGCGAUUGGGAGAGUGGAGCGGAGUCGCAUCCCCAGCCAGCUGGCCAAUCCCAACCGGAAUCGGAUGUGGAGGUACCACCAGUGCGCAUACUCGAGGGCCAGUCGGAGGCCAAUCUCCGCCAGCUGCCGCGUCACCUAAGGGAGUUCGCCAAGUUCUCCACCAGCGAACAGCUGCCAGAUGGCGGUCAAAUGGAGCGGCACGAGGAGCAGGAACGCCGCGAGGAGGGCGACGACAACUCGCACAGCAGUGCCACCAAGAAGACGAGCAUCGUGAAGACGUACAAGGUGUCCCGACUGCCGCCUUCCGUCCAGGACAGAGCCACCGCAGCCGAGGAGGCGGACCCAGCGGCGGGAAUGGGUGUCCGGCUGCGACCACGCCCACCCAAGCAGACGCGCUUCCUCCUCAACGCCCAGCAGCUGCAGCAGCAGAGGCAGCGGCGCAGCUGGUCGGAGAGCGAUCUUCUCAAGGAGAUCGACAGCGAGCUGCAGCUGGCCAAGGGCUUCCUCUACGCGAAUGUCUACAAGGUCAAGCACGAGUAUAUGAGCGAGCCGGAGACGGGCAGCGAUCGUCCCCGGAAAAUGGCACAGUUAGGGCGAAGGCAGUACGACGGCAUCGGGCCGGUGACCAACGAUGGAAUGCCCAUCAUCCUCAGAUCGGAGGUCCAGGAGCCGCAUCAGCAUGAGUGGUACAAGCGUCUGUAUCAGACGAUUCACAAGCAGAAGAACGGCGAUGAUUUCGUGAUUCGCUACAAGUGUCCCAGAGCCCGUCCGUCGUACAAGAGCAACGGCUACGUCUCAGAGCCCGAACCCAACUACGACUCCGACUACUCCACGGUGAGGUACCGCACCCAGAAUCCGCACCGCGUGCAGUCCGUCUCCUCGGCUGUCAAUGUGCGCAACCUCAACCAGGACGAAAAGUUGUAUGGUACUAUGCCAAAUCCCAUAAAGUCCGCGCAGAACUCGUAUAAAAAUCAGCCAGGUCGCAUCGAGAACUAUACGACAGGUCAUUCUUCUGUUUCCGAAAAGGAAAAGAAGGAGUGGUGGGACGAAGUGAUGGACAUCUUUAACGGGAAUCUAGAACAAUCGAAACUAUCGCCCUUGUAUACUGAAGGUAACUUGUCCAGAGCUUUGGCCAAGGAAUCUGGAUACACUAGCGAUUCGAACCUGGUCUUCCGCAAGAAGGAGGUACCCGUGAGCAGUCCCCUCAGUCCCGUGGAACAAAAGCAGGCCUACAAGAGUCUCCAGGCAGGCGGAGAACCCCCACUGCUCGGCUUCCGCAAGCCAGCGCCCGAGAAGCCCCGUGAAAUUGUGGAGGAGUUCGAAUUCAUACAGAUCACUCCCACGCUCACAAAGAUUCGUGUGAGCACCAAGGAGCUGGAAGAGGAGGAGGAGCCCUUGAAGAAGCCACAAAAUCCGUCGAACCCACCGCCACCACCACCACCUCCUCCACCACCACCGCCAACUCAAACUUUGACCGGGAGAAGAGAGAAGAGGCCGGUGAAGAUGUUCUCGCAGCUGUCGAAGACGCUGCCCUCGUUCAUUCCGCUGAGCAAGAAGCAGCAAGUCUCCCAAGCGGAUGACCCAGCUCCAAGGCCGCCCCACCGGAAGUCCAGCUGCACGAAGAGCACCGUGCGGGUCCUGAGCUCCGCCUCGAAGUCUCGGCAUGAACAAUGUUUCCAGCCGCCGAACGGAAGUGUUCCUGGGGUGUCCACCAUCACCCUGCGGAAGGUGGCCACCUCGAGCUGCUCCCGUCGGGAGCCCAUCUGUCGAUCCAAGUCGGCGGGAGCGGUGUCCACGCUUUUGCAAACCCUUACGGCUACCAAGGAGACCCGACUCACCCGUCACCGCGUCCAGCAGCAGCAGCAGCUCCAGUCCCGCUUGAGGUCCUCCAGUCCCAGUAGACGGGCGGGACGUCUCCUGGCCCUGCGUCACUCCAGCCGCAGUCCCGUGGCCUUUGGCAGGAGCAUCUCCAAGGAGCGCAGCUUCGCCGAGGAGAAGAAGCGGCUGGAGAACACACUACCAGCUAAUCGCACCAACUUUGAGGCCAGCACCAAUAUACUGAGGGAUCCCUCCCUGAAAUCCCCGCAAGAGGUAAGGGAGGCAGUGCGUUCGUAUGCCACUUCGCGGAGCAAGUCCUUGCCCAGACUUCGUCACACGACAGUGAGCACUACCACAAGGCAGACCAUGUGCUUCCCCCAGGUGAGACCACAGACGCUUUUGGAUUGUGGUACUAGGUCGCUGAGGAAGUCCUCCUCGAAGUCUGGAAAGGGUCAGGCUAAGAAUGGAUCUAAUGACAGCUUGCCCAGGAGCAACUCCACCUUCUCCAUUGAUUCGCUGGUGCGUCAGGAGUUUGUGCCCAUUGCACCGCCCAAGACAUAUGUGGGCAAGUCCCGUGGGUCCCUAUCGAAGGCAGUGGUUCCCCUUCAGAACAGCCGUAGCGAAGGUCAUGUUCCCAGGAAGCGCCAGACUGGAAAGACCACCACCAAGCCACCUCCACCACCUCCAGUGACCGUGCACUCCUACAGCGAGUCGGUGCGGGAAAAAACCAACUUUUGGAACGAGUACAAUGCCAAGCAGGCCAUGUCCUUGCCGCAGGAAUAUCGCUUCCUACCGGAGGAUGUGUGCGAUUUUGCGAGUCAAACAAUACAGCAGCCGUGCAUCGAGGACCUGGUGUGGAAGUACGAGGGCAAGGAGCAGCGUCCUCCUAAACCGGUGACCGUGACGGACAUAGCUCGUCCCCAAUCGCCACAGUUGGGCCAACAGGAGCGCCGCUUCUCGCCCACCAGGGAAGUCAGGGUGCCCCAGAUCAGCAGGGAGGUGCGAUCCCCCUCUCGCCGACGCAUCGAUAGUCUGCGUUCCAAGGACAAGGAGCAAUCCCUGGCCAGGGCCAGUAGCCUGAGUAGCGCUGAUGAGCGGAGGAGGGCCACUCCUGCUCCCUCGAAUGGACUCUACCAAUGUGGGGAGCUGGCCCACAGUGCCACCUCCUUGACCCACCUGGAGCGGCACAGUCCCAGCUGUCGGUAUCGCAACAACUGCGAGCGUUUCACCGAGCUGAACCGCUUCUACAGCACAUUGGAACGGGUGGGUCAGCUGGAGCGGGCCACCUCCUCCAGCAGUUUCCAUCCCCUGAGGAAGGAUGCCGAGCUCCUGGACUUUGAUGAGUGGCGACGCGUGCGGCUCCAUGAAAGAGCUGAGAAGGAGCUCCACUACUUAGUAGGCAAGCUGCAAGAUGAUCAGAAACAGAGGGAUCUGCACUUCCGUUCUAAGGAUGUAGACUCUAUUAAGUGGCGUCAGGAUGCGGACCAGGCAUUGGUUGCCAAAAAAAAGUCUGUGGAGGAUCUGCGCGAAAACUUCGAGCAGCUUAAUCUCCUCAGGCAGCAGCAGCAACUGCAGGCGGAGCCAGUGCAUCGCCACUGGAGGCGAAACACGGUGGCCGAUUUGGCCAGCAGUCUGGAGCACCAGACCUCCGCCGAACCCGAGAUGGAGCGGCACCUAGACAACGAUCUGGUGAGCACUCUGUCCAAGGAUCAGAUCAAGAAAAUCACCCAACAGUUGAAUGAGAUCUAUUCGGGAAAUCGCCAGGCUCCCGCCGUCGAGGAGCAGUAUGUGGUCACCGUGGAGAAGAAUUCCCGGCCAAAUGGCCUGAAGGUGCGCUGUAACUCCACCAUCUCCAAGGACCAGCUACUCGGGUCGGUUCAGCGCAAGAAGGACGGACAGCAGUCCAAUCAGACCCUGCCUCGUGCCACUCGCAGCCAAUCCCCUGUUGUGGUGGCCAGGGAAACCCGUGGAGCCAUUGCAGCCAAAAAUGCAGAGUUGACCCUGUCCAAGCCACCAGAUGUGCCACCCAGACCCAAGCCCACGACAACUCAGGAGGUCAAGAGCAAGCCACCACCCAAGGCGGAACUCAAGGUGGAACCUCGUGAGCCAGCCGAGGACAUCAGCCAGAAGAUCCAGUACUUCGAGGACCGCCAGUUCGACGAGCCACCCAAGACCAUUUACCACGCUCGCGAGGAUUCCUCGCCGGAUGAGGCGGAGGUGAUGCGGCUCAUCAAUCAGAAUAUGCAGGAACGACAGCGGGCCAGGCAACUGCACCAGCACCAGGAGCUGAGUAACUCCCUCACAGAUUUGAGUGGGGUCUUUGGAGAACGUCCUGCGGCGCGGGUAAAUUUUCACUUGCACAGCCCGCCCGACCGUCCGCCCGACGAUACCGAGCUUAUCAACUUUGGGAACGGGUCACCGGAUCCCGCAGACGGCAGUCUUGAGCUGUACUCCGACUCCUACUACCGAUCGCGCAGUCUGUCGCCCCAAUCGCAGGUCUCCGCCUGCUCCAGCUCCUAUCUGCAGAGGGUCUACACCGGGGAGGUGCGGAAGAUGCGCCAGCACUUCGAGAGCAUCCAACAGUCGGGGGAACCAUCCCGAGAGCCAUCCAACGAGCGGCGUGAUUUUUUUGGGCUUAGCUCGCUGCGGAGGGCGCGCAGCGAUCCCGAGAUGAAUGCGGGAUCCAAAGACGCCCCGGACACCGCUUCGGAGGCGGUGUCGAAGGAGGAAGUGCCUCGACUGACCCACAAGUUCGAGGCCAGGGCAGCCACGCCCUCGCCGGAGCGGGGAAGAAGGCGGCUGAGGAGCGCCCAGGACAGACUGAUGCCCCACAUCGAUAUCAUCAGCAAGACGGCGGCCCUGAAGAAGGAGUUAUCUCCACCCGUUCGAUCGAGUCCCACGAGGAGUGUGAGCAGCAACAGUCACUGCUUCGAUCGCCUGAGGAUGCGCUACGAAUCGCCGGAACCACAGACCCAGAGCUAUCUGUCCACCUCGCAUCCGGAUAUGCGGGAUGUCCACGAUAUAUCGCCGCACUUGAGUGCCGACUGGGUGGCCCACAGGCAUCCGGAGCCCUCGAAGCCCAAGGAGCUGCCGCGGAAGCCACAAAGAGCUCUGCGGGCCAGCUCCACGUCGCCACCUCGACCGGCCAGGUCGCAGAGCCACCAGACGAGCUCCCAGCUAACCAGCUGCAUCAAGGACAUAUUCGCCAACCAGAAGUUCGAUCCGAAUAAGCAUCGCCCCAAGGCUCGAUAUGUGCCCGAUGGAGCGGAGAAUGGGAAUCAAAAACCCAAGGAUAAUGGAACUUUGGAGCGCCUCAAGAAGACAGCCAUGGUGACUUUCAAAGAGUCUCCCAAUCGUUACUAUGCCACAGACGUGAACAUCCACUUCAAGACCCCCAUCAGGCAUGAGCAGCGCCAGAACGUGCCGGAGGAGGAACUAGCCAUUCGCCAAGCGGAGCACAUGCAGAAGCUCUACCACGAGGAGCGCCGUCGCAAGUAUCUACAGGAGCUGCAGGACAUGAACUCGCGCCGCCACACGGACAACUUCACGCCGUCGCAGAAGUCGCCCAUCGCCCUCAAUCGCUACGAUGACUUCCCCACGGACGUGACCCUCAAGUCGCUGGUGGGUCCCAAGACGGUGGCCCGGGCUCUCUUCAACUUCCAGGGACAGAGCUCCAAGGAACUCUCUUUCCGCAAGGGCGACACCAUCUACAUCAGGCGGCAGAUCGACGCCAACUGGUACGAGGGCGAGCACAAUGCUAUGAUUGGACUGCUCCCAGCCAGUUACGUUGAGAUUGUCAGUCGAGAUGGCGCCCGUACCCCAUCCAAGCGGCCAUCGGAGGGCCAGGCCCGUGCCAAAUACAACUUCCAGGCCCAAUCGGGCAUCGAGCUCUCGCUGAACAAGGGCGAGCUGGUCACCCUGACACGCCGGGUGGAUGGAAACUGGUUCGAGGGCAAGAUUGCCAACAGGAAGGGCAUCUUCCCGUGCUCCUACGUGGAAGUACUCACGGAUAUUGGUGCUGAGGACAUUGCGGCCAGGACAACGACCGUGAUCACCAGCCAAAGCACUACAAAUCUGCGGCCCAAUCUCGAUGUGCUGCGCACAAACAUCAACAAUGAGUUCAACACGCUCACGCAAAAUGGAGCCCAGCCACCUAAUGGAAUCCUCAAGGAGACGCGGACGCUCCACAAGACGGACGCCCUCCACGUGGACACCAGUUCCGAGCCAUUGGCAUACCGCGCCCUGUACAAGUACCGGCCCCAGAACUCCGACGAACUGGAACUGCUCGAGGGAGACGUGGUCCAUGUGCUGGAGAAGUGCGACGACGGAUGGUUCGUGGGCACCUCCCAGCGGACCGGCUGCUUCGGCACAUUCCCCGGCAACUACGUGGAACGGGCCUAGAGGAGAUCGAUGCGAGGAUCCUGCCCCCGGGUCGGCGUUCGUCUCUAAUCUUAAUGAAUUUGUAGUCUAAUGUGAAGAGGAAUCAGCGUGGCCGGGGCGAAGGCAGUUCUAUGAUCAAUUCUGACUUGGUUUUACUGGAUUAUUUUAUGUUGUUGUUGAAUAAUUCUUAUCCCGCUAAUUCUGCUGCUUUCGUUUUGCCGUAAUUUAAAGCUAUUUAUUUAUUUUUAAACAGAGCAUUAAUUAUAUCAAUGUUGGAAUUACGUUUAUUUAUGAGAUGCAAAUAUUAACCAGAAGUUGUCCCCACCACCUACCCAACUCCGACACCCCGUUCACCCAAACACACACACCACACACACCAAAUAUCGAAGGACCUAAAUUAAGAUCAUACAUAUAUAUACUUUGUCGUUUACCUACUAAUUUUAACUAGUCACAGCUAAUUUCCAAAAAGAAAAUCAAUUACAAAAAAAGUUAGAAGUGGAGACCGUUGAACUAAAGUGCCUUAAAGUUGAAAUUUAAAUGACUAAAAAUUAAAACAAAAAAUGAGAAAAAAAAGUGCUAAGAUUCAAGUGCCCCUUGUUGAGUCGGCAAUGUGGAUAAUUAUUAUUGAUAAUUAUAAAUAUUAUUUAUGAUGAUAUUGUCGAGUCCGAACCAACAGAAAUCGUUUUAAAAUCAUUACAAAAGCGUUUAUUACACAGACACUGUUGCAAGCGUAUUUAGUGAAUAAAGAAGAAACUAAAAAACA